AUGGCAUCACUUGUCGCAAAGCUCGUCACCAAGAAGAUCUUGGGAGAGACUGUCCAGAACAAAUUUGGAACUGAGGACCCCUACUUUGAGCAUGUCCCAGCUACUCGCCUAGAUGGAACGCCUACUGGCAAAGUUAAAAAGCGAAAGAAGGCUCUUCCCCCAGGCAUCUCCGACAAUGAUGGCAAAGUCUUGACCAAGGUCAAGCGCCGAGCUUAUCGCCUAGAUCUGGCUCUUUUCAGUUGCUGCGGCAUCCGUUUUGGCUGGGGCAGCGUUUUGGGAUUAAUCCCUGCAAUUGGUGACGUUUUGGAUAUGUUCCUUGCCCUUCUGGUUAUGAGGACCUGCAUGAAAAUCGAUGGUGGGCUGCCAACCUCUGUCAAGUCUAGGAUGAUGUUCAACAUCAUCAUCGACUUUGUCAUUGGAAUUGUUCCCUUUGCAGGAGAUAUAGCCGACGCGGCAUUCAAAGCCAAUACUCGCAAUGCUGCACUUCUCGAGCAACACUUGCGUGAAGAAGGACGCAAGAACUUGAAGAAGAGUGGGUUGCCGGUGCCAGCCAUUGACCCCAGCGAUCCUGAACAAUUUGAUCGACUUCAAGCCCAGGAUCCACCAGAGUAUGUGUCAAACCCACCAUCGCGAAAUCCCUCCAUGUCGGAGCGUCGUCGACACAGCCGCAGUCGCAGCCGAAGCCGAGAUGGUCGCCGUGAUGAUCGUCCCAUCGAGCCGGAACCGGCACGAGUCCGCGAGAGCCGCGGAUUCUUUGGUCGCAGCAGAGCUCAACCACGCGAUAUUGAAACAGGCGAAGUUGAGCGUGGGUCCCGAAGCCAAAGAUCGCAGCGACGAGAUAGAGACCGACGCUAA